AGUGGGCUACUGUAGGACGGAUUGUUUGCCGAGGUCGACCUGCUGGGCAUGUUGGUAGCCUCACCUCAGACCUGCGCAAUGCUGCCAACCGAACCUCUCCGAGGUCAGAGUUUAACAAAGUGCCCUGUCAACGCUGCGAGAGAACCUGCUCAGGUCCGAACUCUGGACACUCGCUCUUGAGGUGUCCCACCAAGGCUGGUCUGGACUACAACAGCGUGUGGUUGGCUUGGGGCAAGUCCUGUCCUCAAAGCCGGAGCCUGGACGGAAGCCAGGAGGACAAGUUCGCCCACUGUAACCCUCACAAGAAGGACACGCAGAUGUUGUCGGAUAUAAUGCAGAUAUUACAGGAUAACCCGCAGUUAACGGAUCUGAAGAGUCGACUGGGUCGGCUGAAGAUGUUAUCGACAAAACAGGAGACUCUUCACACCAACCAAGGACUGGAGCCCAGGGUUUACGAGGAGUGCCUUUACUACCUGCGCACUUAUGGCAGUUACGCCACCACCCUCUCCUUCUACCUCAACCAGAAUGAUAUAAAAUCUGCGGUGUGUUUGCUGUUAGAGGGGGCAGUAGAUCUUCAGGUCUACCUAGAGAAUCUGUUUUCUGCCCUGCUCUACAGUCCGGCAGAGUCACCGAGAUGUACACCUGCAUGGCCAGAGUAUCUGCGAGUGUCCUGCGCGUACUGUGAGCGCCAUCAGCUGUUCCACGUGUUGUAUCAAGUGCAGGUCUUGACAGGUGACCACGUGCGGGCAGCCCUCACCUGCAUUCACUUCUUCCGCCACAACGCACGCAACUACGGAGACUUGGCAACCACCAAGGGCCACCUGGAGACUGCCGUAGGCCACCUGCAGCAGCGCCCUCAAGCCCACCAAAGACUACAGCUGGAAGUGGUGGUGUUCUUGGCAUCUGCUACGCCUGAGGUCACUUCGUACACACUGUUUGGUUACAGAGCCCAAGAACCCACUGGUGAUGCAGUUGUCUGGACAGGAUCUGACUCGCUACCUGUCCACUGCCAGACUACAGCUGGAAGUAGUGGUGUUCUUUGGCAUCUGUUAUUAUGCCUGAGGUCACCUCGUACACACUGUUUGGUUACAGAGCCCAAGAACCCACUGGUGAUGCAGUUGUCUGGACAGGAUCUGACUCGCUACCUGUCCACUGCCAGACUACAGCUGGAAGUGGUGGUGUUCCUGGCAUCUUCUACCCCUGAGGUUGCUUCGUACACGCUGUUUGGUAGCUCAGCACACCGAGUCAGUCUGGCCGCAGCUGUCAUCGCCGCUGGAGAUGAUCUUGAGCAGAGUUUAGCACUUGCUACCAGAGUGACAGAAGAUUGGCAACAAGGGAAACCGGCUGUUUUGUGUCCAGCAGCGGCUCAGUUGGUGAGAGCAGGUCGGGCCAGUGUGGUGCGAAGGUUGGUAACACUGUUCCGGUCAGAGCCGGAGCUCUGCAAUGAGCUGUUGAUCACUGCACUGAAGGAGCACCCACAGCAGUCUGACAUUGAUACUCUGAUGGCCCUAGUUACCGGUGUGCCUUCCAAGAUCACAGCUAUGAUAGAGUGUGGCCAGCUAAAGUCUGCGUAUCUGCUGGCUGUGAAACAUGACCGGCUCUCGGACAUACAGAGGAUCAUGGAAGCCGCAGACCAGUUGGGCCCAACCGCUCAUCAAGAAAAUCUGCCUUAA